CAAACGCGUGCUCUUUUCCAUUUUGCUCGGGGACCCAGCAGAACAGUGAUCAUCUAACGUGCAGUAAAAUGUAGUUCAUAAAAAAAAUGUUAUUAAACCUACGACCACUUUAACCGCGAUAAUUAUUCUGUUUGGUUUAUCGUGAGUGUGAAGGUGUCAUUUUCUUUUUGAACCGGGAGUUAUUGUUGCAAUUUGAAAAAUUAGGGGCAGUAAAAAUGACCGAUGAAAUAAUUGACAUAGAUAGCAUGCUGCAGCAUGUUGGGAAUUUUAAUCGUUUUCAAUUAAUUUUGAUGCUUUUAUUCAGUGCAAUAAAUGCACUUUCUGCCUUCCAUUAUUUCGGACAAACCUUUAUAAGCGUGGUACCAGAAUUUCAGUGUGACACUAGGAACUAUGAGAAUAUUUCUGCCACCGGUACUUGUGACGUAGAAAUUUUAGAAAAUGAUACCUACGUUAAUAUGGAGUGUACUACAGGAUGGAUCUUUAGCAGAAAUAUCACUUAUGGAUUUAUAGGCAUCAUUGAAGAGUUAAAUUGGGUAUGUGACGACAAUUGGAAACCAGCCUUGGGUCAAUCAGUAUUUUUUAUAGGCUCUGUUGUUGGGAGUCUAACAUUAGGUGUUCUAGCAGAUUUUAUAGGCCGACUUCACGUUUUAGUCAUAGCGAACAUACUGGCAUUUUUUGGAAACAUAACGACGAUCCUAUCAAAUGAUGUAACAGUGUUUGCCAUCAGUAGAUUUGUGGCUGGUUGCGCCACUGAUUCAAACUUUGUAAUGAUGUACAUUAUUGUAAUGGAAUAUAUCAAACCAAGUAUGAGAACGUUAGGCCUGAAUUUAUGUAUAGGCUUAUUCUAUUGUCUUUCCUGUAUGGCAGUACCUUGGGUAGCAGUGCUACUAGGCAAUUGGAGGAUGUUCCUAAUUUUCAUCUCGGUACCACACUUACUCGUGUUAGGAUUCUAUUAUCUGGUGCCUGAGAGUGCCCAAUGGCUUAUAAGCAAAGGCAGAACAGAAGAAGCUAUUCAAUGUUUUAGGAGAAUUGCUACAAUAAACAAAAAAACUGUAUGUGAAAAGACUGUUGAUUCGUUAAGAAGAUUUUGUUCGAUGCAUGUUUCUUCUAAACAAACAAAUGAGAGUUUUUUUGGGCUUCUAAAAACGCCCAAAUUAAGGAGAAAGACGAUUAUACUCGUAUUUAAAUCUAUGGUGAUGACCUUGUGCUAUGACGCUAUAUCCAGAAACGUCAAUGGUUUAGGAUAUUCCGCAUUCAUAAUAUUCACUACCACAUCAUCAACAAUCCUUCCAGCUUGUUUGUUCAUAUUAGCAGUGCAAGACAAGGCGGGGAGAAAGGCGUUGGCGAGUGGAUCUCUCUUGCUAAGCGGAAUUUUCACAGCUUGUUCAGGAGUAAUACAAGCCUUUAUGCAGAAUCCCGAACCUACUCUGAUCGUUACUUUGGCAGUCAUCGCUAGGCUAGGCAUCAACGUGGCUUACAAUUCAGGUGCGCAAUACGCUGUGGAACUGAUCCCCACAGUUGUACGAGGACAAGGAGUGUCUGCCAUCCACGUAGCAGGCUAUGCAGCUAGUUUUUUCAGUCCACAGAUCCUCUACCUAGCCAAUAUUUGGAAACCAUACCCGGAAGUCAUCUUAGGAGUUCUACUCGUUUUAGGAGCAAUAGCUUGUUUGUUCCUGCCCGAAACUUUAAAUCGAACCCUACCCGUGACAUUGAAGGACGGCGAGGAGUUUGGCGAGGGGGAGGGAAUUUUCGAAUUUGCUUGUUGUAGGGCUCCUACGGAAAGUAUGACAGCACUCAACCCUAGCCAGACAACUUAAGUAUUCAUUUUCGUAUUGUUACCGUUGCCAGUAUCUAGUUUUUAAUAAAAAUUAACUCGCCA